AUGUUCGAUAUAGCUGUGGACACACCCACUGGACGCAUAGUAUUUAACUAUGUCAUCUCUACGCCCAGCAAAACCGCUGUUGCCACGUUGGAGGACACGGAGAAAGCACUCCCCACAGUCGUCUUCCUUCACCCAGUGUACAUAGGAAAGCUAAUCUACCACCCCCAAUUUGCUGACCGGGAGCUCCGGCGAUUCAAUCUCGUUGCCGUCGAUUUGCGGUUCCACGGAAAGACUGUCGGGCGAGCGGGAGAGGGGUACGGGCGGGAGGUUGCUGCACGGGAUGUCGGGCUGUUCAUGCAAUCCCUAUCGAUCUCGCGGUACCACAUCUUCGGCAUGUCGAUGGGCGGCUGUGUGGGCCUUCAAACGGCCAUACUCUUCCCGGAGGCCGUCCAGUCCGUCUUCGUCGUGUCGAGCCUUCCGUUGACAGAGCCCCCAGACGUCGCGGAGGGUCGGCAAGAAAUCUACGACUGCUGGGCUGAGGGUUCGCGGCAUAUUUGCAGCGGGAGUGAUGACGGAUUAGACGUCGAGGGGAGUGCCAUACGAGAUGCGUUUCAAGGGGCCCUGCAGCUCUCUUUGAACGGGGAGCCCACUAAAGUUUUCACCGCCAUGCUCCAACGCUCUGCACAACUCCUCCGCAUCGACGAGCCCUGGCCGGAAGAGCGCCUGGACGACCUCCGCAUCACAUCCGUGGACUUCUUUGUCAAGAGGGAAGCGUAUACGGUUGCGGCAUUGAAGAAUAUUCGCUGUCCAGUCCAUUUGAUUCAUUGCGCAGCUGAUAUAGCGUACGCAUUGGACACGACGGAGGAGGUUGCAAGCCGUCUGACCGCUGCUGGGGUACAAGUCGAGGUGCAGCAGGUCUCGGGGGCUCCGCAUUUUGGGUCGGUGACACAUGCCAAAGAAAUCAAUAAUGUCUUCCAUCGCUUUGUCGCAUCUUGCAUCCCCACGCCACUUCCGCCGAUACCCGACAGUGCAGAGUCGCCGUUCACAGGCGAGUUGGCAGCAAUGUCAGUCGAUAGCGACAGCGACAGCGAUCGUGAAUUCUUCAUAUAG